UUAGGGAACUGCAAUAAGGAUACACAAAGAAAGUGACAAGGAAUGAAGCCUCGGGGCGUGAAUGAAAGGUGGUUCACGAUAGCUGACACAUCCAAUGCGUGCAUUCACGCUACAAUGAAUCAAGUUUCCAACAAAGGCAAGUACACAGAUAGUCUCAAUGUCUUCACAGUACACGCUGGCUGAAGCUAGGCCUCAAUGCACCUCCUCCCUCCCUCAUCUGUUCUGCUCUCCCGUCCAGCUCAAACCCGUCUCGCCUCUCGCCCAGCUUAUGCAGGUCAUCCCGUAUGAACGAGAACAGAUACACAUCCCUCAAUCUCCCGUCCCACCUGUGCCGGUUAUGGCUCCUCAGCCUGCCUUCACACGUGUACCCGCUCCUCUCCAGUACCCUGAUGGAUGCUUCAUUAUCAACCCGGGGAUAGGCCUCGAGCCGCUCGAUACCCAGGGGGCAAGAAUCAGAGAAGACAUAAGCUGUGGUGGCGCGAAGGGCAGCUGUUGCCAGCCCUCUGCCCCAAUACUUGUCACUGACCCAGUAGCCGAUCUCCGCAAUGUGCGGAUCUCCAACCAAGUUCUUGGCCACGCUCACACCACCAACCUGAUAAGGACAAGCACAACGUAAAGCGCGUGCAUGCGUGGAACUUCGUACGCACUGCGUUGUGCUGACUGACCAGCUCUUUACCGACAU